AGGUAUGAUGGAUUCUUAUCUUAUACGGGAGGGGAUUUGAGGAUCCUAGGAUAUAUCAGUCAAAUACGGGAAGCGAUCUGAAACCCUAAUUCACCAAAGCCAUUCAGAGCCCAAAGGAAGAUUACGAUGAAUCCUUUACACCCCACUGAUGAGUUGUACUUUCAGAUAGCACCAGAUAAUAAUUAUUAUUCCCUACCAAUCCAAACUACCCCAGAAAAUCAGAUCUUGCAUGAUCCUGUGAUGGAUGGAAGCGCCCUAAUCCAUUUUACGAGUCAAAUGGGAACCAAGGGCAAGCAAAGAGAAGAUUUUAAGACUACAACCAUAGAUGAAAACAAGAAGUGGAUGCAUAGAGAGACAGAAAAACAAAGAAGGCAAGAAAUGACCAGGCUUUGCACCAACUUUAGAUCUCUCCUUCCUCUUGAAUACAUCAAGGGAAAGCGCUCAAUUUCUGAUCACAUGCAUGAGGGUACAAAUUACAUCAAGUACCUUCAGAAUAAGGUAAAACAGUUGCAAGCCACGAGGGACAAACUUAUGAAGUUGUCCAAUUUGAGUCCCGUUGGUUCUGAGAGUGGAAGCUUGAGUACUACCCAUCUUCCAGUAUGCGUCAUUGUUCAUCCUUGUCCAGGAGGUGUUCAGAUUAAGUGUAGUUAUAGCUUCGGGAAAUAUGCGUGUCCUUUGUCAAGAGUGCUAGACAUAGUGCUUAAGGAAGGGCUUGAUGUGGUAAACUGUACUUCCACCAAACCAGAUGAUAGGUUCAUACACACUAUCCGAUGUGAGGUUCCGCAUAUGAUGACUGGGAAUAAUUACACUGAACUGCAAAGAAAGUUUGUUGAAGCAAUAUCAUCUUCAAGUUUGGAGGAGAGACUGUCUGCACCUGAAAACUGCUGAUAUCUUAUAUAUAAGAAAGGUGUAUUGUACGUGUGUGGUGAAGUUUCUGAUGUCGUAGACAAUUAACUUGAGUCAUUUGUACAUGUUAUUGUACCACUUGUUGCCGGCUGCCAUUGACCAUUAGAGUAGGCUAAAGCGAAUCCAGUUGAAAGAGUAAAGUUCAAAAUGGUCAUGCAGUAUAUUCCAUGAGCUCAUUUAAUUUCUUUUUUUGUGGAGUUAGAACCAUGUCAUGCAUAAUCGUUGAAUGUUUUGCAAUCACUUUUGACAAGCAAUGUUUUUCAUUCACUUAA